GCAAACAACCUGGCACUGCCCUCUUCCUUUGUGUUAUUUUUCCUCUUCACUCAAGGAAGCGGACGGUGUUUUGAAUUUACUUUCUCCGUUUGGCAAAGUUCUGUUGAGGUCAAAAUUGAUUGCCUGUUGCAACUUAACGGCUUCUCGUUUGUUUGUCUGUGUUCGGGCCGCCCUUUGCGCCAUCUCCGACACCGCCGCGCCCGCCAACGAGCGCUCGUUUGCCGAAAACUAAAAUAAAUUGUAAAAAGCCCGAAGGGAAAACGAACAAGUGCCUUCGUACGCUGCAGCCUCUCCUUAUAUAUCUUCUCCGUUGCUUUGUAUCUCCUGUGUCAAACUGCUCCGCUGCCACACGUGUUGGCGCGGGAUUCGAGGCUGACCGUUAGUGAUACUCGCGCUAGCGGGAAAAGGGAAGAUCACGCUGCAUUCAUUUCUUUUCUAAUUCAAUACGACAGCGGCCUCAGCGACUCGUUGGGCACACCGAACUUCAAAGCACGACUUUUAUUACCCAUUUGUUUUCUGAGCUCUUUCCGUGUGCUUCUGUCUUCGCUUCGCAGUCAAAAAAUCUGCAAGCAACGCCGCCUGGUUUUCUUUCUGCGUAAUUUGAUUGAAAGUAUAUUCAUAAAUAUAUAUACUUGUGUUGUCCUCCUCCUGUAAAGUGAAAGGCGAGAAGAAUCGAUGCUGCGCUCUGCGAUUCGGUUGUUGGCGCCGCGUAGCUGCAGGCGCGAGGAUUUAAUCUUCACGGACAUGUGCGGCUUCACCCCGCUGAAGAAGCGCCGCAUCGAUGACCUGCACCUCGUGGCCUACGAGUUCGAGCAUGUGGCCACCGGCGCACUGUACUACCACAUUGAUGUUGAUGACAGUAACAACACCUUUUGCAUUGGCUUCCGCACGCCGGCGCUGAACAACAAGGGCACCUCGCACGUCUUGGAACACACAACACUGUGCGGCAGCCACAAGUACCCCGUGCGCGACCCCUUCUUCAUGAUGAUGAAGCGGUCGCUGAGCUCCUUUAUGAAUGCGAUGACCGGCUCCGACUACACCCUCUACCCCUUCUCGACGACAAACGAGAAGGACUUCGAAAACCUGCUCGACGUCUACCUCGACGCCGUCUUCCACCCGCUGCUGCGUGAGGAAGACUUCAAACAAGAGGGGCAUCGAGUAGAGCUGGAGGACAAAUCGGAAGACCAGGCGGGGAAGGAGGGCGAGAAGGACAAGCGCACGCGCCGCCUCGUGCACAACGGUGUGGUGUUCAACGAAAUGCGCGGUGUCGUGUCGGACCCGAACCACUGCUUUGUGCGGUCGCUGAUGAGCACCAUGCUGCCCCACACCCACUACACCUACAUCUCCGGCGGCUACCCGCCAUGCAUCCUGAGACUCAGCUACGUGGAGCUGCUCUUCUACCAGAAGCGUCACUACCACCCGACCAACAGCAUUACCUUCACCUAUGGCAACCAGCACCCACAGCGGCACAUGGAAGCGCUCAGCUCCUACUUUAAGAGUUUUACCCGAGCGGAGCGGGUAGCGGUGCCGACGUUGACGCGGGAGAACCGUUUCACGGAACCGCAGCUGGUGCAGCUGGAGGGACCGCUGGACGCCAUGGGCAACCCGCAGCACCAGAAGCGCGUCGCCGUCUCCUACGGCGUCCCGGAGGAGAACAACAAGCUGGAGGACAUCGUCGCCCUCAGCGUGCUGGACAGCCUCCUCUCGAGCGGCCCGAGCUCCCCCAUGUUCAAGAACCUCAUCGAGUCGCAGAUCGGCAGCAAGUACGCGCCAAUGAAGGGCUACGCCUUCUACCUCUCCUCACCGGUCAUCACGUACGGCGUGGCGGGCGUGGAUGAAGAGCGGGCCGACGCGGAAGGCGAGGUGCUGCGCGCGGUGGAGUCGGCGCUGCGCACCGUGCAGACGGACGGCUUCGAUGCGCGUCGGGUGCGGUCGGUCAUCUUCCAGGAGGAGCUGCAGCACCGCCACCGCUCCGCGGACUACGGCCUCAACACCUGCACCGGUCUCUGUGCGAUGGGGCUGUGCCGCGCGCAGAACAACCCCCUCGACUUCAUCAACUGGCUGCCCCACCUGCAGCAGCUGGCGAAGGACAACGCGGCCUCGCUGCUGCCUCGCAUCGAGUCGCACAUGCUGGGCAACCCGCACCGUGCCGUGGUGUCCGUGUCGGCCAAGAAGGAUUACCUGAACAACCUGCAGGAGCAACUGAAGGAGAUGGAUGAGGAGGUGAACGCCGCCGCCACGGAGGAUGACAAGGACCGCAUUGAGGAGGAAACGAAGGGGUGGCUGAGUCGCCUGCGUGCGCCACAGCCGCAGGACGUGCUGCCGACGCUGCGCAUCUGCGACAUUCCCACGGAGUCGUUUGCGGAGCCGGUGCCGCGGCGCACCCACCUCUCCACGAACAACAACGGCGAGGUUUACACCAUCGCCUACCCAACCAACGGCCUCGUGUACGUGCACGGUCUCAUCCCUUUCCAUGCCUCCCUGACGGACGCGGUGGCGCACAGCGACCUGUCGAAGGGGCCACAGAGCUUGAUGUUUGUGCAGUCGCUGCUUGGACAAACCGGCGCAGGGGCGCUGUCUUACAAGGACCACUCCAUCGCGGCGGAGCUCGCCUGCAGCGGCUUCGGCUUCAUACCGCUGCUGAACGAGUCCUACCUGCACCGCGGCACCACCAUCACCGGCACCGCUUACGGCUUCUACACAACCAAGGAGAAGCUGAGGGAGGCAUUGGAGCUGUUCAGCACCACGCUGCUCGAGCCGCGCGUCAGCGCAGACGACGCCGACGUCUACACCCGGGCCCUCUCGAGCAUGAAGAUGGCGUGCUCGUCGGCCAUUCAGUCGCUGCAGAGCGAAGGCAACCGCUACGCCGUGACGCGUGCCGUCGCGGAGCUGACGCGGCGGGGCCAACUGCGUGAGCACUGGUACGGCCUCUCGCAGUCCACGCACGCCUCGGAUGUGCUGGAGAAGCUGCAAGGCAGCACCGAGGAGUGCCAGACGGUCGUUCGCGCUCUCCUGCAGGACUACGCGGUGUUCACGCGGGAGAUGGCAGCGGACAUGUCGCGCAGCGUGAUGUGGGCCACGUGUGAGGAGGGCCACCAAGCGGAGGUGCAGCUGCUGCUGAAGGACUUCUUGAGCAUGUUCCCGAGCCGCGCUUCCAAGGCGAAGACGCACCUGUUCCUGCCCACGCGUGAGGUGACGCCGGGCGUGCAGCGGAUCGACAGGAAGCUGCCGAUUGACACGUCUUUCGUCGGUCUCGCCAUCCCCAACAACCUCUCAUGGGAGCACCCCGACCAGGCGAAGGUGCGGGUGGCGGUCCUGCUGCUGUGCAACGAGUACUUGCACCGCCGGGUGCGAGAGGAGGGCGGCGCCUACGGCUCCAACUGCGCCGCCACGCUGCACGGCGAGGUUGGCGGCAUCUCCAUGUCAAGCUACCGCGACCCCAACCCCGAGCUGACGGCGAAGGCCUUCCUCGAGGCGGGCGACUGGCUGUGCGGUAAGGACGUCACGGCCGCGCGCGUCGACGAGGCGAAGCUGCGGUUAUUUGCGUCGAUUGACUCUCCGUACGCUGCGGACUCCUACGGUGAGGCCUACUUCUAUCACGACGUGCGGCAGCCCACGAAGCAGCUCAUGCGCGAUUCGCUGCUGUCGGUGACGCCGCAAGAUGUGAUGGACGUCGCUCACUACUUCAAGCCGGAGGGCAAGCCCACCAUUGUGAGCGUCCUGCAGCCCAUGGGCGGCUCGAAGGCGGAGGCAACGGCGGCACAAAUCUGA